AUGUCUGGUCUCAAGGUCGGCGAGCCGUUCCCCGAGAACGUUGCUUUCCAGUACAUCCCACACCAGGAGGAGACUGCCGACUUCAAGGUCUGCGGUAUCCCCAUCAAGUACGAUACCGCCAAGGAGUUCAAGGACAAGAAGGUCGUCAUCGUCUCCAUCCCCGGUGCCUUCACUCCCACCUGCUCCGCCUCCCACCUGCCCGGCUACAUUGAGCACAAGGACGAGCUCAAGGCCAAGGGCGUCGACCAGGUCAUCUUCCUCGCCUACAACGACCCCUUUGUCAUGUCCGGCUGGGGCAAGGCCAACAACAUCAAGGACGACUUCAUUGUCUUCGCGUCCGACGCCAACGCCGCCUUCUCCACCUCCAUCGGCUGGAACCACGGCGAGCGCACCGCCCGCUACGCCAUCGUCAUUGACCACGGUAAGGUCGUCUACGCCGAGAAGGAGACUGAGCUCCAGGGCCUCGAGGUCUCUGGCGCCGAGCCCGUUCUCAAGGCUCUGUAA